AUGAACUCUCGAGGAAAGACUUCGAGCCAACACCAAUCUGGUAUGGGGGCUCAACCUGGAAAUUUCAUCGCUACUGGGCAACAAGCAUAUCCUAUUGGUGCAUCUGGUCCCCUCGUGGAUGUUAGUAACUACGGCGGUGCUUCAGGACGACAGAGCAAUGCUGUACCCCAGAAUCGCUUUAAUGGCCAGAAUAAUUCGUCUAUGAAUGAGUUCUUGACUAUGCAAGAGUCGCGAGUGAACGGCUUUCUUCAACAUUCUGCACAACAGAUAGAUAUGCAGCGGUCUGCCCUCCAGCAAGUGGCGAACCAUCUCUCCUCCACUGCUACCAACAUUGGACAAAGCAUAGCCCAGUGGAUGGGGCAUCCAGCUUCAGAGCGAGCAGCCGCCUUGUAUCAAGAGCUUGAGAAGUCUCGCGGUCGACAGAUUGAUGCUGAUAAUCAGUACCGACAACUGAAGGACGAGUAUCAGGCCUUAGAGAAGCGGCUGCAAGACUCCAACACCGAGCUUGAGAAUGCUAUCAGGGAGCGGGACAAGCAACGACUACUCGCCGAGAGUGCCAACUGGACAGGUUCGACAAAGGUAUCGGAUGAUGCUAUUCAGAGCAAGUGGAAGCAGCUUGGAUACAACAUUCGGGCCAUGAGCAGAUCUUUGGCCAAAUGCCAGAUUCACCGUCCCCAGAACGAUGAAACUAAGAACCGACUAUCCAUGGCCGUGCCACGCUCGAAAAAGUUGUUGCUCAACGAUGAUCACAAAGAGUUCGUCAUCAGCGCUUAUCUGUGGGCCAUUGUAGCAGAGAUCAUUGAGGAAGGCAGUGAGAUUAUGGGAGGCGAUCACGGAAUGAACUUCAAAGCGAUCCGGGCUGAAUUCAUUGGAGCUGCUCCUGAGGGAGACAAACCUUCAGGCCGUGGUCCAACUCUCCGCCAUGUUGCACGAUGGGAGAUGAAGGCCAUCAUUGAUACUGCGCUAGAGCUAGACGAGAUGUUGAUGAACUCCAAAGCAAUAUUCACCAUCCGCCGGCCCGAGAGCGACGGCUCGAAGAACCAGCGAUUCGAUGCAACUGAAAUGGAGGCCUUUAUACAGGGCAAAGACUUGUCGUCAAAGACUGUUGUUGAAUUUGCCAUCUCGCCCAUGCUCAUCAAGAUGGGCAACGCCGAUGGCUGCAACUACGACAGCCGCAUGGUUGUUUGCAAAUCUUUGGUUGUAUGCCGUUAG